CAUAACGACCUUAUCUCUAAACUCUGCGUUUGCGCAUUUAUAGAUUAUAGAACAGCCACGCAUAGUUAGCAUUUAAUCUGAUGAUGGGAGACGAGUGAAAUUCAUCGAAUCGGUUUGACAGCUCCACUCGGGAGAAUAUGGAAAUCGGAGCAUUCCGAGAGGCUUAUAAUGUGCCCUAAUAAUGGUGAAAUUAUAUUUGACUUAUUACAUCGUGAUAGUUUUUAGUCACUGAAAAGUAUAUGGAAGUGGUCCAAAAUACACAUAUAUAUAUGUGUAAGAAUACAUAUAUAUAUGUGUAAGAACGCCGACCAGGGGCUUUGUACGAUGAAGUACUGCAGAGUGACUAAGUGCUGUUAAAGCCUGAAGGUGAUUUCAGCCUGCUUGGAAUGCGUGGGUGACACAGGCAGUCACAUUGAACGAUCAUAAUCGAUAUAAAUCUGCCAGUGGCAAAAUGCACCUCAGCGAAAAAACUGAGGGGCACAAAGUAGGUUGGUUGAAUUUUUUAAUUUAUAUAAAAAGUGAUAAAUUUUUGACGUCUACGCAGUACUUAGAAUAUAGGAGAGUCAUCUGUGGGGUACACUUCAUGGAAAGAUUGAUUACAGGAAUUGCUGGAACUGAACGAAUACACACGAGAGAUGAGGAAAAAUGCCUUGACUAUCUUACAGUCAAGAUAGGCGUAAUUGUCUCAGGGCUUUCAAUAACAUAUUAUCUCAGUUUGCAUUAACAAACUAUCGGUUCUAACUGGGAUUGCGGAGUAUUCGCUGCUUUUAUUUAUUUAUGAUUUUAAGCACGUGGCAAUCACUGCAACUGCACUCACGAAUAAAACGUGUGUGAUGUCCCACUCAUAGUGUCAAGUUAGCCGACUCCAAUCUGCCCUACUCUCUUCGUUUACAUUCGCCAAGUGCACACAUAAUAUAACGAAAAAGAUCAUCGUUAACCCGUGUUUUUCUUCACUCGCAUGAAUUCGGAGGUUAUGCGGUGAAAAACCAGGACAUGUCUCGCCGCACUCUAAACACGGCUGGCCAUCCUCAAGGUCUGUUAUUCGUACAGUCUAAAGCAUAAAAUUUAUUGAUAAAACAAUAACGAGAGAAAGGAGCGAUGGGAACAACAUAUGAUCUUAGUUUCCGAUCCAUUGGUUGUAACGUGUUAAAUGAAAAUCUGAUCGCUGUCCAAGUACAACAAGUAAUUUAAUAUUUCAAUUGCACGCAGAGAAAUGACCUGCAAAAAUCACAAAACAUUUCACGUAUACCGCAAGGAGGAAUUAUCUCUUCCAGAACCGAAUGUUAACGCACCAGCUGGAAAAGAUGACUUUGGAUUGAAAAUAAAACCUCUCAAUUUAACCAAACAAAUAUGAAAUGUGCUCUCAGGGCUCAAUGAACUGACAUAUAUGCAGUGACGCGGCUAGUCAAACAAGUCUGCCCGCCCGGUAUAAGUCUAGGCUGGAAAGCUAUACUAACAGAAUUAUGGAUUCGAAAAAACCAGCGAGCCAGAACUCUUCGUUCGAGAAUAUCAAGGUUAAAAUGGAACCUGGGACUUUAAAUGUCACUCCUGCAAGCUCCACCACGCGUUUGACGUCAUUCAGAUUGCCCAGAGAUUUGACAUUAGGUGGGGCUAUUAAAAAUGAAAAAUCUUCGAAAAAAAUUUAUGUACCUAAUAUCAACGUACAGAGGAAUAAAAAGAAAGACGAUGGAUCUGUUGCAAAAAAUGAAAUCACUCAAAAAUCAGGGGGGCGAGGACGUGGUCGAGGUAGCAGUGAUCGUGGCAGAGGCCGAGGAAAGGCCGCUAUUAAUUUAAUUCAAUCCACUGGAGUAUUCUCUGAAGGAAUGAGUGGUUCUGGACGUUCUGCAAGAAGAUCCGGUGGUAUUAGAAAUGGUACUGGUGAAAGGGAACCCAGCAUGGUCCUAGAGAGAUCAAAACUCAAUUUGGAUUUUGAAUUUGAUAAAGCUGAAGAGGAAAAAAAACUAAAGCUGUUAUUGAGGGAUGAUUUUAUAGAUGAUGAAGAAAAUUUUAACUUGGAGAAUGCACCGAUUGUUCUCCCAUUAAUGAAACAAGCAAAAUUGUAUAAGGAAGAAUGCAAAGAGAACAUUAAAGAGGGAAUUUCGGAGGAAGAGGAGGAAGAAGAGAUCGAUCGAAAGCCAAUAAUUUUGGAGAAUGGACAGGCUGUAAUGCCUCCAAAGAAAUUAAAGAUGAAAAAGAAAGCUGAUAUAUUCUCUGGAAUAAAAGAAGAAGAGAGUGAAAGAAAUGUAUCUCAGACCAUCACUAAUCAGCCAAAUAAUUAUUUUUUAAUCGCAUUUCCAGAUUGCCUUCCUGGAGUUCACACUGUAGACACGGACACAGAUCCGAAACUCAAGAAAAACAAGGAGCAAGCGCCGGAUAAUAAUGAUUCAACAAACCCUGAACACUGUACAUUACACACUCUGAAGGAUGGAUUUCUAGGUAAAAUAGAAAUUCAUCAGUCGGGGAAAGCGAUAUUACGUCUCGGAGAAAAUAGUUUAGUGAUUGACGUUGGUUCACGUCAAAGUUUUAGACAGGAUCUUAUUGCUGCUAAAGUGGAUGCAUCCAAUAGUGAACUUGUCAAUUUAGGACAAGUCACUAGUACACUUAUAUGCUCACCUGAUUGGGAGUCAAUGCUUGCCAAUCUCUGAAAGAUAAAUAAAUUAACACUAUUAAUAUCCUGUACAAUACUAGAUAUAGAACAAUUAAUAUAAUCAAAAAUACUUUGAAAUCCAUGUAUAUUUAUAUUCCUUUAUUUAUGACAAUGGGGAUUCAUCUGUGAUACUAAAGUUCUACAGUUUAAUAAUUGCAAAAAUUCAUCAUUGCAAUUUACAAAUUCAAAUAUGGACAUCAUUUAUCAGUGAUUAAAUAUUCAUUUAUCAUUUUACACAAAUUUAUUUGACAUAAUUAUUUUUAUAAUGAUGACAAUUACACUCUACUAUCUCGGACUCAUAUCUUUAUCCGUUUAUUUGUCUUGCGAAUUAGGUGAGUAGCCUAUACCAGUAGACAACAUAAAAAUUAUGGUUUGUUAUUUUUUCUCACUCCAAGUUUACAUCGUAAAUAAAUUUCAUACAAUUUUUAGUAUGCGUUGUUAAAUUGUUAAAAAAAAAAAUAGAA